AUGUGUGGUGAAUUCGUCGGAACUGUGCUUUUCCUCUACUUUGCUCUGUCUGGCGCUCAGGUUGCCAAUAGUGUCAACACAUCGAGUGGCCAGUCCAUCGCCCAGACUGGUAGCAAUCCUCAACAGCUACAAUACAUUGCUCUGAGUUUUGGGUUUUCUCUAGCUGUCAACGCUUGGGUUUUCUUCCGUAUCAGCGGUGGACUUUUCAAUCCUGCUGUCACCUUCGGCAUGUGUCUGAUCGGUGCACUUCCCUGGAUUCGUGGAGCUCUCUUGUUUGUCACUCAGAUUCUCGGUGGUUUGACCGCUGCCGCUCUGGUAUCAUGCAUGUUCCCUGGCGAUCUCAAUGUCCGCACUACCCUUGGCGGUGGUACUACCAUCGUUCAGGGCCUUUUCAUCGAGAUGUUCCUGACCGCACAGCUUGUCUUUACCAUUUUCAUGCUGGCUGCCGAAAAGCACAAGGGUACUUUCAUCGCCCCUGUUGGUAUCGGUCUUUCGCUCUUCAUUGCCGAACUCACUGGAGUAUUCUUCACUGGUGGCAGUCUCAAUCCUGCUAGAUCGUUCGGUCCUGCUGUUGUAGACCAUGAGUUUGCAGGUUAUCACUGGAUCUAUUGGGUCGGUCCAGUGCUGGGAUCGAUCGUCGCGGCUGGAUUUUACAAGUUCAUCAAGAUUCUGGAAUACGAGACUGCAAACCCUGGACAAGAUAUGGAUCAUGCAGCCAAGGUUGAGAAGAGAAAGAACCUGCUGAUGGCUGCCGGUAUCAACGAAGUCGACGCUCACCACGUCGCAAACGAACUGCAGACCAACCAGACCGUGAGCGAAAAGGGCGGACCAGAUGGAGCAAUCGUGGCCAAUGGUCAAGGCCGUCGCAACUCCGGAGAAGACACUGCUAUGUACGGUACUGGAUUCCGCUCAAACUCACAUCAACACACUGGCUCUACCAGCUCAGGAGAGACAGCUGUUGUUCGAAGACCCCAGGCUGUUACCACCGGAAGCCAGCUAGGUCGUUUCAGCUACCUUGGCCGUGCCGGUGUCCACCAAUCCAGAAUGAACAGUACUGUCAACGAAACAAGACUGGAAAGUCCGGCUAUGGCAACGAACGAGGAGCUCUAUGCCCCACUUGCUGCAGGUGGUGACGAACCGCUUGGUGGCAUGGUCGCAGACCACGACCCUAGGUAUCGCUACUCUAGAACCAUCAGCAGUGGUGUCUAG